CAAGCUCUUUUGGUGCCUCCCGGGCAGCCAGCUUUGCGCGCUCCGGCGCAGCGCCCGCGCGGAGCAAGAGCUGAGCGAGGCUUGCAAGGAGAACGCGUCUCCCGAUUCCUCUCCAGCAUGAACCGCGCGGGGCCUGCCCGCCGCUUCCCACCCAUGGCCACGUCCCAAAGCCUUGCGGGGCCACGCGCUCGGGCUCUCGGGGAGACGGGCAGCUCGUGACCCGCGCUCUGGAGUCGGGACCUCCCUGAGGCUCCGGUUUCCCGGCUGAAGGUGCAGUUCUCCGUCGGUCCGCGUGUGCAGCGGCUGCAUCCACCACCCACCUGUGCGCUCGGUGGGCACCUGCAUCCCGGGGUUGAGGAAGUUAGAAAAACCAGCAGGGGAGUGGCGGCUUUCAGAUAAACAUCUGCGUCUCUGCGGGAGCCCCGGGAGACUCCGGAGCACUCACUCGCCCGCCCGCCGACCGUCCGCCAUGGACAACGGGUCGUGCUGCCUCAUCCAGGGGGACCCCAUCUCGCAGGUGAUGCCGCCGCUGCUGGUCCUGUUCUUCGUGCUGGGCGCCCUGGGCAACGGCAUGGCCCUGUGCGGCUUCUGCUUCUGCAUGAAGACCUGGAAGCCCAGCACCAUCUACCUGUUCAACCUGGCGGUGGCCGACUUCCUCCUCAUGGUCUGCCUGCCCUUUCGGACCGACUACUACCGCCGGGACCGGCGCUGGGCCUUCGGGGACGCGCCCUGCCGGCUGGUGCUCUUCAUGCUGGCCAUGAACCGGGCCGGCAGCAUCGUCUUCCUCACCGUGGUGGCCGUGGACCGCUACUUCAAGGUGGUGCACCCGCACCACGUGGCCAACGCCAUCUCCAACCGCACGGCGGCCGGCGUGGCCUGCGCGCUCUGGGCCGUGGUCAUCGUGGGCACGCUGUACCUGCUGCUGGAAAACCACCUGUGCGCGCAGGGCGGGGCCGAGUCCUGCGAGAGCUUCAUCAUGGAGUCGGCCAACGGCUGGCACGACAUCAUGUUCCAGCUGGAGUUCUUCCUGCCGCUGGGCAUCAUCCUGUUCUGCUCCGCCCGGGUCGUCUGGAGCCUGCGGCGGCGGCAGCAGCUGGCCCGGCAGGCGCGCAUGCGGAAGGCCACGCGCUUCAUCGCCGUGGUGGCCGCCGUGUUCAUCACCUGCUACCUGCCCAGCGUGUCGGCGCGGCUCUACUUCCUCUGCACCGUGCCCUCCAGCGUCUGCGACCCCGCGGUGCACACGGCCCUCCACGUGACCCUCAGCCUCACCUACAUGAACAGCAUGCUGGACCCCCUGGUGUAUUACUUCUCCAGCCCCUCGUUCCCCAAGAUCUACGCGAAGCUCAAGGUGCGCAGCCUGAGGCCCAAGCGUGCGGGCCGCCCCGGGGCGCAGAGGCGGGAGGAGAUGCCCAUUUCCAAUCUCUGCCGCCAGAGCUGCACCGGCGGCGGCGUGGCCAACCACGUGCAGAGCCAACCUUGCCUGCCGUGAACCGGCGCUCAGACAGACGGACGGACAGACAGAUGAACAAAAAAGGACAGGGUGGCGACUCAGAAGGACUCCCUGCUAAGGGGUAUGGAGGGGGCUUUGGAAGGGCCGUCGCCCCCUCACUCUGCUGGAGACCAAGUUCAGGCCACUGUGCGUUUUGGGAAGGUGCCGGCUGAGAAGUGAGUGGGUUGAUUACAGUGACAGGACAUUGUGUGUGUAUCAGGGGCCUGUGUAUGCUGGGUGGAGGGUGUGUGUGGGGGGGGGGGGGGGGGGCGUCUGGGGAGGUUAGGAAGGGCUUGGCUCCUGUGUCAUAUUAACCGGUGGAGGAAGUAGGCACAAGUGUUUGAACCUGUCUUGUUCUCUCUCUCCCCCGGGGAGUCAGUGAACUUGAUGACUUAUCAGUAUUUCCUAUCCUUUGCCCUAAAACCCUUACUUGUCUUGGAAAAGAGCAACAGGACUAAGUCAGUACCUUUCUGUCGGGCCGAGUGAGGCUCUGCAGAUUGGGAUGUCUUGAUUCCGAUGCUUUUCGUCUUCACGGGAGGGAGGAGGAA